CAAGAUCACCAUCUGGCGAGCAGACCAGUAGUCAGUAGUCAGUCCUAGCAACAUGGCGCUCAAGGCACAAGUCGGUCAAAAGAUUAUGAACGAGGUGAUCAAGCAAAAAAAGAAGACAACAGGUGGGAUAGAAUGGCGAAUCUUGGUGGUGGAUCAGCUCGCCAUGAGGAUGGUGUCCGCGUGCUGCAAGAUGCACGAUAUCAGCUCUCAGGGUAUCACUUUGGUAGAGGAUAUCAAUAAGAAACGUGAACCUCUGCCGACGAUGGAGGCUAUUUACCUCAUCACGCCCUGUAAUUCGUCGGUGCAGAAAUUGAUCGACGACUUUAGUAAUCCGACAAGAACUACUUACAAGGUCGCCCAUGUGUAUUUUACGGAAGCAUGUCCUGACGAGUUGUUCAAAGAAUUGUGUCAUUCGCUGGUAGCUAAGCACAUAAAGACACUAAAAGAGAUCAACAUCGCUUUCAUACCAUACGAAGAACAGGUCUUCUCAUUGGACUCACGCGAAACGUUUGCUUGCUUUUACAAUCCCUCUUUCUUCAAUCUAAGACCGGCUAAUAUGGAGCGCAUCGCCGAACAAAUCGCAACACUCUGCGCCACUCUUGGGGAAUAUCCAUCGGUCAGAUAUCGCAGUGAUUUUGAUCGCAAUGUUGAACUCGCUCAAUUGGUACAACAAAAGCUAGAUGCAUACAAGGCUGAUGAACCAACAAUGGGAGAAGGACCUGAGAAAGCGCGUUCUCAACUAUUGAUCCUAGAUAGAGGAUUCGAUUGCGUCUCACCACUGUUACAUGAACUUACAUUGCAAGCCAUGGCAUAUGAUUUGCUAGAUAUUGAUAAUGACGUUUACAGAUUUGAAGCAACAGCAGGUCAGGAAAAAGAAGUAUUGUUGGAUGAAAAUGAUGAUUUGUGGGUAGAACUCAGGCACCAACAUAUUGCUGUAGUGUCUCAGAACGUGACUAAAAACUUGAAAAAGUUUACAGAAUCAAAAAGAAUGCCACAGGGUGAUAAGCAGAGUAUGCGUGACUUAUCGCAGAUGAUCAAAAAGAUGCCGCAAUAUCAAAAAGAAUUAAGCAAAUAUGCUACGCACUUGCAGUUGGCCGAAGAUUGCAUGAAGCGUUAUCAAGGAAAUGUUGAUAAGCUUUGUAAAGUGGAACAAGACUUAGCUAUGGGUACUGAUGCAGAGGGUGAACGUAUUAAAGAUCAUAUGCGGAAUAUCACACCAAUUUUACUUGAUCAAACUGUGCAUCAUUUGGACAAGUUACGUAUCAUAGCUUUGUAUGUUAUUAGCAAAAAUGGUAUCACUGAUGAGAAUCUUAAUCGUUUAGUUCACCAUGCCCAAGUGUCCGUUGAUGAUAAACAGACUAUCGUGAAUAUGGCAAAUCUCGGCAUCAAUGUUGUUGUAGAUAAUAAUCGUAAAAAAUUAUACACGGUACCACGUAAAGAAAGAAUCACGGAACAAACAUACCAAAUGAGUCGUUGGACUCCAGUCAUUAAAGACAUCAUGGAAGAUUCCAUCGAGGACAAACUUGAUUCUAAACAUUUUCCUUUUCUUGCUGGACGUGCUGCUAGUUCAGGAUAUCAUGCACCAACUAGUGCGCGAUAUGGACAUUGGCACAAAGACAAAGGUCAGCAGACUAUCAAAAAUGUUCCUCGCUUAAUAGUUUUUAUAGUUGGUGGAGUAUGCUUCUCUGAAAUACGAUGUGCAUAUGAAGUCACAAACGCAUUGAAAAAUUGGGAAGUUAUAAUUGGCUCAUCCCAUAUAAUUACACCAAAGUCAUUUUUAAAUGACUUGAGUAAAUUGCACGUCUAAAUUAUUAUGUAGCUAAAAGAAGAUAUGAUCACACAUUCCUAAUCUGCCAUUAAUUUCAACUCCAUCAGUAAUACCAGCAGCUAUGAAGUGAUCAAUGAUGUCUCAAAUACGAAAUUAGUAAAUGUAACUAAAUAACGAACAGAGAGUCAAUUCUUUAAGGGAAAAACUCAUUCCGAACAGAAACAUCGAGCGUAUGCAAGUAUUCUAAAUAUAGCUAUCAGUUGAGUAAUAUAUAAAAGUAUUCGUGUAUUAGUCAAGCACGAAGAAUCUUGAUCGAUCAGACAAGUUAUCUAGAAUCAAGUGCCUGCGCGAAUACAUAGUCACCAGAGAUCGUAUGAGACAUGUUGGCAAUACUGAUGUAGAUCACAUCAAAAUUAUAAUGGUAUUGGGCAAUCGAGCCUUUAGCGAAGCUUUACAGAUAUAUUCAUAUGCAUUAUUUCACUUUUUGUCAGUAAUAAGAAAAGGAAUUUAUGAAGAUCUAUAUGUGUUGUAGAGGAGGAUCGUGAUAUUCCUGUACAUUUCUCAUUAUUAUUAGUAAUUCUUUUUAUUAUUUUGUGUUAACUUUCGCUUAUUGAAACGUAAUGACCGAAUUGACAUCUGAGUUAUAGAUCAUCUUUGUUUAAUAUACUUUUGCUGUACUUUAUAAAAAAUCAUAUUUUUAUUAUAAUAGAAACAUCUCAAAUCUAAAUGUUACGUCACAAUUUGCUUUAUUCUCUUCAACUCUAAUACUAAAAUGAUAACAAGAUUAUUUAUUUGACAUUUAUUAUUUCUUGAACCUAAUUAAUGGUACUGAAUGUAAAAUAAAACCUCUAGAUGUGUACGAACCUAAUACUUAUAUUUUCUUUGUUAACUUAUUUAUUCAUAGUUCUUUACUUUAAUAAUUUUAUGCAAUACUUUUUAAUUUUCGAGUUAUCCAAUUAUCAGUUCAGAUGCUCCUACAUUCAAUGUAAUUCAUAAGUAUAUAUGAUAGUUUCAAUAUAUAAUAUUCAGCACUUCCUUUUUGACAAACUAUAGAUUACUUCUUGAAUGUAAUACAGAUGCAGUUAUAACACUGUACUAAUAUGUAUGUAUCGUAAGAUUUAUUGCAAUAUUGAACCGUAAUUGUUCUGCGAUGGUAAAGAAGCGCUUUCCAUAAGAAGCUUGCGCCUGUCAAUGAAUAAUAAUAGUAAUAAUCGUUAAUGUAAUGUCAAUAAAUGUUGCGAUCUAUUAGCGGAGAGAUUAUUAUAAAGUUAAACGAUAUUUAUAAAAUAUAUCCUGUGUUAUACAUCCUUGUGUUAUACAUAUAUAUGUAUAUAUAUGUAUGUAGAUUAUAAAUUGAACAAAAUGUUCUACUUAUAAAGGCCUACAAUGCACUCUA